AUGGCGAACAUGCGGUUCGCUGUUAGCAUGCAACGGAUGAUACCGUUUCUUGGCUACCACCACGUGCUUAUGAUCUUGAUAGCCAUUGCUAUAAUACUAUUAUCAUUAUUAUUAGCAGGAUGCUCCUCCACAUCGCCACUCAUACCCGGCAUCUUCCUCAUUUCCAUGUGGUACGAAAAGUACACGCCCUCCUACUCCACAGAGCAAGUCGAUCCUGGAGUCACCGCAGCUAUCGCGAACAUCGUCGGUAACGCUCAACUCGCCGUGCGCGUUGGCUACUUUGGCAUUUGCAUCAACAAGGACGGCGGCGACUACAUCUGCUCCAACAAUGCCACGGCGCUGGUGCAGGGUGUGUCGGUUGACCAAGACCCGCUCAACCUUGUGUGGGUUGCAUCGACUUUCAAGGACGCCGUUGUCUUCCCCUACCUGCUCAUCGUCGCCAUCAUCCUCGCAUUCUUCUGCUUUGUCCUCCUCGCGACAUUCCCCGGCUGGCACGAAGAGCGCGACAGGGAAACCGGCUCCGAGGUCGACAUCAAGCCCUUCCCGUCCAGACCGGUAUCUCAAGUCGCCCUCGCGCUCAUCUUCAUCGCCUCCAUCUUCGUCCUCGUCUCGGUUCUUUGGCAGCACACCGCGUCCGUCGCAGCAGCAACAAUAGCGCAAGACCUAGGGAAUGGCAGUGUGAAAGCUGGUGUCGGAACAAGUGCCAUGGUACUCGGCUGGUUUGGCUUCGUACUGCUGAUCAUUGUGACUAUCGGACUGCUGGUCAUGAUACUGAGCAUCAUCGUGCUGGACCGCCUGACCGACAACGACUAA